AUGGCUUAUGAGAUCUCUGUUCCUGAUGCGUAUAGGUAUAGAACGAUUUUCGAUCAACUUCAGCCAACCUAUGGGAAAUUAUCUGGGGAAAAAAUUAGAGAGGUAUUUUUAAAGUUUCAGUUACCAGUUGAAACUCUUGGAAAAAUAUGGGACCUUUCAGAUAUUGAUAAUGAUGGUAGUCUAGAUCAAAGCGAGUUCAUUGUUGCUAUGCAUUUGGUCCAUCAAUCACUGGAGGGUAAAAUAUUACCGGACAAAUUACCAAAGAAUUUAGUUCCUCCUGACAAAGAACAUUAUUUUUCAAACUCUACGUCUAUUAAUAAUUCCAUGUUGUGUUUACCGCCUAUUACUAGUGAUGCUGAUUUUAAUUUGGCAUUAGUCCCUGUGCAGUCUACAUCAGAAUUAAAUCCAAAACAGAGUACUGGAUAUUUAUCAGCGCUUGUAUCCGCUUUUCCAACUGGUGAAACAUUAACUACACAGUCAACUCAUACAACUCCCACUGUUUGGGCUCUGUCUGGUCAUCAACCUUAUCUUCAGUUGUAUAAUUUUCCAGAAUGGGCUAUUUCAGCAGACGAACAUGCAAAAAAUCUGAGAGUUUUUGCUGCCCUAGAUAUGGAUGCUGAUGGGUUAGUUUCAGGCCCUGAAGUGAGAGAUAUUCUGAUGCGAUCCGGUUUACCUCAAGAUAUUCUCGCUCAUAUAUGGGAGCUGGUUGAUAUACAAAAUACUGGUUUGUUAAACAGUGAACAGUUUACAGUGGCCAUGCAUUUGGCAACGGAACAGUUAUCUGCGGGCUUAUCUAAUCGUACCCUUCCUAAUGUACUUCCGCCCGCUUUACUUCCACCAAGUUUGCGCCCUAUUCCUCCAGAUCCGUCUAUUUACGAAGAAUCUAACAAACUAAUUGUAGAAAUAGAAACAUUAAGCCGUGAAAAAUCUGCAGUAGAAUCUGAUUAUGUUUCUAUGGCCAAAGAUUCUCAACGUCGAGCAUCAGAAGCCACUGCAAAACAGCGUACAAUUGAUACCCUUAAUCAUACAAUUCGUAAUCUAGCUAAUCAACGUGUGGAAGCCGAACGUCGAUUAGGCGAUUAUAGUCGUGAAAAAGAUACGUUAGAAAAUGUGCUUAAUGAAAUCAAAAGUCAUGUCGUGAAUGAACGUCAAAAAGUUGAAGAAAUGCGUAUUAAAAUCAAUUGUCAACAAGCCUCAACGAAAUUUAUAAAUUCUGAUGAAUAUCUAUAUGGUAUGGGUGUUCUAUUUAAAAGCUCCCAUUCUUCUAUCGCACUUUCGUGUUCUCGCUUAUGGCACAGCACAGUAUGUUGUAAAUGA